GCUUUAAUAUAUCUAUCUCUAUCGGCCGAGAGAUCUUUAAGAAAGGAAGGGAGGGAUCGAGGCAAUGCUGCCUUUGGCCACAGAGGGGCAGUCUAUCGAGGAGUUGCCGCGUCCGUGGCGCCUUAUCUCUCUACAGGCAGAGGCUAGGAUAAAGUUAUACCGAAAACUUUAAAAUUGAUAUCACACCCUAAUUUGUGUUCUACAGGGAGGGGGAGAGAAAAAAAACAGAGCUCAAAACCACACCGGGCUCUGCUUACACCAUGAGAAGGGGAGCUCUUGGCGGCGUUGUGGGCUCGCCCUACAUUCAGCGGGGGAGUUCUCGCUGUGUCUUAGCUCUUGCCGGAGGUCAUGCAAAUCGACCUUAAAAGAAUGCAUAAGCCAUAAAUUAAAAUAAACCCCGUAGCCACGGACUGAUCCGUAAGUAGGCAAUAAUACCUAACCUGGACAAAACGGCUUUCCUUGCCAGCUGGAAGAAAAGGAUAGCGCCUAAAGUAACCGUAAAAUAAGUUUCAUGAAUUCGAAAGAAACUUGCAGUGAAUUCUGGGUACCUGGAUUUGUUUUCUAGUGUAUUUGCCUGUUAGCUGCCGUCUUGCUAUUUUCAUUUCUGAUGACAACUAUCACGGAACACUGCUAGAGCUCAGAGUCAGCCUGUGAAAGGGCCAGAUCACAAAAAGGUACUUGACUUUAAAGAAAAUAUGAUUCUAUGACCAAGAGCUUGUAUACAAUGAAAAUAAGUAUUUCUCCUAUUAAAACACCAGUCUUUCAAGAAGUCCCCAUGUCGUCUUCCCGAGGAGCAUUUCAGGACACAUGGCAACUGUAGGGGAAGAACAACACAUCAAUAAAGAAAGCCUUUCUACCUUUUUCUUCCGGCGUGAGUGGAACUACUGCAAAGGCAAUUGUUUUCUAUGGCAUUAACUAUGGGAUGUAUCGAUUCAAUAAUUAUUCACUAAAGAAUGUCUUCCAAGCAGGCCACCUCUCCAUUUGCAUCUGAUGGAGAGGGAACAACAACCCAGGACUUAGCAUCACAGGAGCAGGAAGACGACAACAAUGAAGAACUUGUCACUUCCCAUCUGCCUCUGCACACCAUAUUGCACAACAAACCUCACUCUGAAGAGCUCCCAGCUCUAGUCACUACAAUCCAACCAGACUCAGACUGGAACAGUGUUAUCUCAACUCAGCAUAGGAUGGAGUCAGAAAAUAAUAAGUUAUGUUCCUUAUAUUCCUUCCGAAAUACUUCUACCUCACCACAUAAGCCCGAAGAAAGUGGUCGUGAUCGCAAUGAGCUAAUGACCAGUGUUAAUUUUGGAACUCCAGAACGCCGCAAAGGAAGUCUUGCCGAUGUGGUGGAUACCUUGAAACAAAAGAAACUAGAGGAGAUGACGAGAACUGAACAGGAGGAUUCAUCUUGCAUGGAAAAACUACUUUCUAAAGACUGGAAGGAGAAAAUGGAGAGAUUAAACACAAGUGAACUCCUUGGAGAAAUAAAAGGUACCCCUGAAAGCUUAGCAGAAAAAGAACGACAGCUCUCUGCCAUGAUUACCCAGCUCAUCAGUUUACGGGAGCAGCUUCUGGCUGCCCAUGACGAGCAGAAAAAGCUGGCAGCAUCACAAAUUGAAAAACAGCGGCAGCAAAUGGAUCUCGCUCGCCAACAACAAGAACAGAUUGCAAGACAACAGCAGCAACUUCUGCAGCAGCAACAUAAAAUCAAUCUCCUGCAGCAGCAAAUCCAGCAGGUUCAGGGUCACAUGCCUCCUCUCAUGAUCCCAAUUUUUCCACACGACCAGCGGACAUUGGCAGCGGCUGCAGCAGCCCAACAGGGAUUUCUUUUCCCCCCAGGAAUAACUUAUAAACCCGGUGAUAACUAUCCUGUGCAGUUCAUUCCAUCAACAAUGGCAGCUGCUGCUGCUUCUGGACUCAGCCCUUUACAGCUCCAGCAACUCUAUGCCGCUCAGUUGGCCAGCAUGCAGGUAUCGCCUGGCACCAAGAUGCCUUCCACGCCUCAGCCGCCAAAUACGACAGGGACGCUCUCACCAACCGGGAUGAAAAACGAAAAGAGAGGGACCAGCCCUGUAACUCAAAUUAAGGAUGAUGCUGCACAGCCACUGAAUCUCUCGGCUAGACCCAAGACAGCAGAACCUGUCAAAUCCCCGACGUCGCCAACGCAGAGCCUCUUCCCUACGUGUAAAACCAGCCCUGUGAAUGUGGGCAAUAGAAGUGGAAUCCCCAGUCCUAUUAGCGCGACUCUGGGAAGAGGAUCUUCUCUAGACAUCCUUUCCAGUCUUAACUCACCUGCCCUAUUUGGGGACCAGGACACUGUAAUGAAAGCAAUUCAGGAGGCUCGGAAGAUGAGAGAACAAAUCCAGCGGGAGCAGCAGCAGCAACAGCAGCAACCACAUAUUGAUGGAAAGCUUCCGUCCUUGAAUAGUAUGGGCCUAAACAACUGUAGGGCUGAAAAGAUAAGGGAUAAUUAUCUUCCUUUCUUCAUGGAAGAUAUAAAAAAGGCUUCAGUGGUCCUGAAAGGAUGCAGUGUUCCCCCGAAAAAUAGAAAGACUCUCUGGAGAACUGGUGGAGAGAGAAUAGAGGAAAGAACACGCUUUGAGAAUUUAGGCCCACAGCUAUCAGGGAAACCCAGUGAAGAUGGAAAGCUAGGUCCAGGAGUCAUUGAUCUUACAAGGCCAGAAGAUGCAGAAGGAAGUAAAGCAAUGAAUGGCUCUGCAGCUAAACUACAGCAGUAUUAUUGUUGGCCAACAGGAGGUGCUACUGUGGCUGAAGCUCGAGUCUACAGAGAUGCCCGGGGACGAAGCAGCAGUGAGCCGCACAUCAAACGACCAAUGAAUGCUUUCAUGGUUUGGGCAAAGGAUGAACGCAGGAAAAUUCUUCAAGCUUUUCCUGACAUGCACAACUCCAACAUUAGCAAAAUUCUUGGUUCCCGCUGGAAAUCCAUGUCAAACCAAGAGAAACAACCUUAUUAUGAAGAGCAAGCACGAUUAAGUAAAAUUCACCUAGAAAAAUACCCUAAUUACAAAUAUAAACCCAGACCAAAACGCACUUGCAUUGUUGAUGGCAAAAAACUGCGCAUUGGAGAAUAUAAACAACUAAUGAGAUCUCGACGACAGGAGAUGAGGCAAUUUUUUACCGUAGGGCAACAGCCUCAGAUUCCAAUUGCCACAGGAACAGGAGUGGUCUAUCCUGGUGCUAUUACUAUGGCAACAACUACGCCAUCGCCUCAGAUGACCUCUGAUUGCUCCAGCACUUCUGCUAGCCCUGAGCCCAGCAUCCCUGUCAUUCAGAGCACUUACAGCAUGAAGACGGACAGUGGGAGCCUGGCUGGAAAUGAAAUGAUAAAUGGGGAAGACGAGAUGGAAAUGUACGAGGACUUUGAGGAUGAGCCCAAAUCAGACUAUAGCAGUGAAAACGAAGCCCACGAGGCUGUCGCUGCCAACUGAGGAUGUUUGCUGAAUUACUCUGACUUUGUUUUCUUUUCUUUUCUUUUGAACAAAAAGUUCUUAAAAUGAGCCUGCAUGCAUGUAUGGCUCCUACAGUUACAUCUGCAGAAUGGUCUUAAAUGUUUCUUAUUGUGUGACACAGAUUGUUCCCUAAUUUUCAUGAACUUUUUUAAACAAUUUAGGUGAAGACAUUAAGUAUCAGACAUUGGGACUUGAAAACUGAUAUGAAUCAAUUGUUCUCUUACAAGUCUUAUCUCUCUCUCUUUCUCUCUCUCUCUCUCUCUCUCUCUCUCUCUCUUGUUUGUCUAUUCUUUCCUCUUCCUGGAUGCUGAUAAAAAGGUUUAAGUUACUGUUUUAAUGGGGGUUUUACAUUCUCACUCAGGUAUGCUGUGCCAGCCUACAGAUUGUGAAUGUGUUUUUAUUCUGAAUUAACAAAAACAAAACAAAAAACCUACAAAUUUCCUAUCAUGAAACAGAACAAGUCCUAAGCGUGUACAUCUAUCUGUAUUAGCUCAUCUUUUUUAAAAUAAGGUCUCUAAAUUCCUUUCCCCCCCCUCCUUAUAUAUAGUUGACCUUCUGAUGUGCCAAACUUUCCUAACUUCUGAAUCUUAAUAUUUAAAAAAAAAAAGUCUUAAGGGAGACACUGUAAAGUCUUAGACAAUCCUUUGGCAUCUUAAAAAUACUGAUAUAUCUUAAAAGAAAAUCUUACUUUUUCCAGAAAAUUGUAAAAUACUCAGGAAUCUGGAGACAGGAUAUUGCUUAAAAAGUGAAUAUGAUUGCUACAGUGCACUUGUUCAAUUGCUUCUGCCUCUUGAUGUACCAUCAGUGUGUGAAACAUGAGUAAGCACAACAGAGUGAUCACCAGCUAAGACAGGCCUGUCUUAGCAACAUAAGGCCACCUUCAAGUCAUUCUCUGUCCCUUUGCUUUGAAUUCUUAUAUACAGUCUUAAUUACAUUUGGUCUUAAUGUAUUCAUUCCAGAAUGUCAGGGGGCCAUGUAGUAAAAAAAUAUUUUCAAAUGUACUGUUGUAAUGGCAUUAUCAUUUGUUUGCCUUUUAUUUCUUUUAAAGAGCCCUUCCCCCUUAAAGUGUGUGGCAUCUUAAAAAUAAUGAGGCACUUAAUAUUGGAAAGGAAUAACUCUCUAUUUCUCUCUCUCUCUGUCUCUCUCACUCUCUCUCUCACACACACAAGGAAAUGUGUUUCUACAUGUCAGAAACACUUGGAAAAAUGUUACUGUUAGUGGAACAGUAUCAUAUACAGGAGAGUAUACAAUAUUGACCUGCUAUGCUGUUUCUUUUUAGGAUAAUUUGUGAGGCUUCCCUAUAGUACUUCUCUUUUCUAAUCUUGAGUUAUUGUAUGUUGUCAGACAACACUUCAUAUAUUCCCCACCUAGUAUGCCCAGUGAUAGGCAUAAUGAAAGUUGUAGCCUAACAUAGUAUCGGGUGCAAGGCUUAAAACUAUUUCUGUUAAGUUUAUGUAUUAGAUUACCUUAACCUUUGUCUAGUACAUAGACAGCCUAGAAAUCCAACAUAGUCUUCCUCUUUCUUGGAGAGUAAAGUGCUGCUGCUGUUUAGAAAUCUUCCUAUUGCUAUUCCGAUAAUCAUCCUUUGAUGAUGAUAUAGAAAUUUUAAAUCUUGCAGAUAAUCUGUGUUGAAUAUUAAUUCUAGAGAACCGAAAAGGAUGCAAAGAUCAUCCUUGUACUUAAAAUUUCACUUUACUCAUUAAGAUGCAUAUGCUCAGCAGUAUUUGAAAUUUUUCAAAACUUUGUUAUCUGCCAUAUAAGAAAAACAAAAGGAAAGAACAUAAAGCUAUAUCCCAAGGUCAGUAUUUGUGAAUUAUGCUGGGUCUUUUAGAUCAAAACUGCUGUAGAAAUUUAAAUUCUUAUUUAUUUCAGUGCUAAUAUAUAGUUUUAUUAUACAUAAUAUUGAUUUCUAAAGAGCCAAGGGCAAGGUAAAAUAAAGCAUUCCCAAAUUAAACAUCCAGCUAUUUGUGGAUGUCAGUAUUUAACACUGAAAUUUGAAAUUGAUGCAUUUAAUGUAUUUCAAAGUAUAAAACCUGGUUAGUGACUUAUAAACUCUUUAAAGAGUUUUUACCAACUCCUAAGGUAGAAGGUGUUAAUAUUCUUUGAUUUGAAAAUAUAAAUACUUUCUUCUUUAUAUAUUACGAUCAAUAGUUACAACUAUUUCUAACUGCUACAUAUACCAGAAAGAUUGCAGUUUUAUAUGCCUUCUGAGUAAAACCUUUUUUCACGUAGACAUUUUAUGGUAUGGCAGGGUAAAUUUUUCCAUGCCCAUCAGAUUGUCAGUGUGAAUGUUUAAUGGUGAUUAAGAAAAUAUAUCAGGUAUUAAUCCAAAUGGAGCAGCUGCCUCUCCAUUGCCCUUCCAAGUAGUAUGUUUCAUCCAAACCAUUUAAUUAUAAGAGGGUGAAUUGUGUCAAGAGUUCUGCCUUCUACAGAUAUGCCAUUCUUAAGACUGGAGGAAGAUUCUUAUUAGCUUGCUCAGGGGAUAAGAGUGCCAGGUUUUUCAAUAGCAUUUUAGCACUUUGUAGGAUGGCAAAGAUGAUAAACCACCAAGUAAUAAAUCUAUGAAAUAUGACCUAGGUUCUUCUACACUUAAAUGAUUGCAAUCAUAUCUUUGUGCCUAGAGCUUCCAUUACGGAGAAUGGCAGAUGAGGCACCCUCUGUUUCUGCUUGCAAUGAGAAGUUUACAUAGAGAGACUUGGUCUUUGGAUAGAGGCCAUUGUAUCUUUUUGCCUAGUUCUUUUCAGAGGGUUUUAGACUGGCAUUCUCAUUAGCAACAUUAAUGGAGUGUCGAGCCAGAUUAUCGUCAUGCUAUCACAAAUCUUGUAGUUUUAGCAGAAAAAGAAAACUAUGUCCUAGCAGUUUCCAGUAAUUAUUUCUAGAAGUGGAGGCAGGUCUGCAAUUUUACAAUAGGAGCGCAGCAAGCCGACUGAUUAUUUGUGUGUGUGUGUGUGCGUGUAUGUGUGGAUGCAUACACAAACAGUCAUUUGGCAGCCAUUCUACAAUCUGGGAUAGAAUCAUUUAUCUUUUCUAUUUAUUUAUUUGAAUGAACGCUUCUCUCAUAUCCCACAAUUAUGACAGUAAAACUGGUCUAGCCAAGAUGUAAAGGCACUUGUUAUCAUUAGCUGGUGAGAGUCCUCUUUAUCUAGUUAAGGUACUGAAAUAAAAUCCUUUGCUGUCUCGGCGAUUGCUUAGGAAUUUGAACUGAUCUAAUAGAUGUAGCUUGGAUGGGAGAUAACCCAUUAUUUCCUAAAGAAUGACUAUUUAUUAAUUUCCUACGUUUCUCCUGUUAUAAAUCUGUCUCCAUUCUACAUGUCUGGGGUUGUGGGUUUUUUUUCCCUUUCCGUAGCUAGAAUGCUGUAUUGCUAGCAUUGUAUGUUUUGUAAUUAUUUUUGCACAAGGGCAAACAUUUAAUUUCAUGCGUUAUUUUCUUUUUAUAAUUCUAUGACCAUGCCAAAAUAAUAUUCUGCAGGCUGGCAGAGAACAAAGGACUGUUCUUUAGGACUGAAACUUGAUUUUUACUCAUACUACAAAAACACACACUCACAGAUGUUGUUUCGUAAGUGUAAUAAGCACUGGAUAUAAAUGGUAUUUUUUAUCACUUCUAACUAAUGUGAAACUGUUGUACAAAAAACCCGACAUGAACAAAAGUCAUCUGUUUCGACUCGUGUGGGCCUGCCUCACAGUUGCCGGAUUUGAGUCAUUUUUUUUUAAUGUCUUGUUAUUUCAUUUAUUUAUGCAAGAUUCUUAUAUGUAUGAAUACUUUGUUUGAGCUCCAGUCCUCCAUCUGUGUGGAUGAUCUGUAACUUAAAUCUGUGUUCUUGACGUUGAUUGGCUGUUCACGAAUCAGCAGAUGGUAGAGUAUGACUUAUUGGACAGGUUUUGAAUUUAAAAUCUGCAGAAUCAGUUUAUGAUAUUUAUUAGCCUAUACUGGCUCUAAAGUAUCAAUAGAAAUCAAGAAAGGACAAUCGUUGGGAAG